CGAGGAAAGCGCUCCAGGAGCAACAGGGGGAUGAGACCGUCCCCGCCACGGCGCCGCCUCUGAGGAAGGACAGGCUCGCCAGAAUGACCAAAUCCUACAGCGAGAACGGGCUGGUGGGGGAAGCGCAGCCUCCCGGGCCCCCCAGCUGGGCCGACGAGCGCUUCGGGUCCCAGGAGGAAGAGCGCGAGGCCGACAAGAAAGCGGCGGACCUGGAGGCGAGGCGCGCGGAGGCCGACCCGCUGCGGAACGGCGGGGAAGACCUGGAGGAGGACCUGGAGGAGGACGAGGACCUGGAGGAGGACGAGGACCUGGAGGACCUGGAGGACGAGGAGCCCGAGGAGGACGAGGAGCCCGAGGAGGACGACGGCCCCAAGCCCAAGCGGCGCGGCCCCAAGAAGAAGAAGAUGACCAAGGCGCGCCUGGAGCGCUUCCGGCUGCGGCGGAUGAAGGCCAACGCGCGGGAGCGCAACCGCAUGCACGGCCUGAACGCGGCGCUGGACAACCUGCGCAAGGUGGUGCCCUGCUACUCCAAGACGCAGAAGCUCUCCAAGAUCGAGACGCUGCGCCUGGCCAAGAACUACAUCUGGGCGCUGUCGGAGAUCCUGAGGGCCGGCCGCAGCCCCGACCUGCUCUCUUUCGUCCAGAGCCUCUGCAAGGGCCUCUCGCAACUUAGGAGAAUCUACGAGAGCCUCGGGCCCUUCGACGGGGCGGCCCCGCACGAGCGCCUAGCGGGAGCCCAACUCCACGCCCUCUUCCACGAGUGACGCCGCCGCCGCCACCACCGCUGCUGCCUCCAGCAGCCCCCUUCCCGCCGCCCCGCCAGCGCCCCGGAGCGGCGUCCUCUUCGCCGCCUUCGGAAGUGGCCGAGCUCCCCUUCUGGCACCUCCCGCCGCCGCUCCCCGGUUCCCGGUCUCAGCCUACCCGGGCUGAGCAGAAGAGAUGCAGACGACCCUUCCUAUUUUUCCCUCCGCCCGCCCUCACCCUCUCCCAUCUCAUCGGCACAACAAAAAUCGCGAGCAAUAAUUUGGAUCUAUGCAAUGUGUUGAUUUUUUUUUUAAAGGAAAAAUAAAAACCCUAGUCACGGGCCAGUUACAAAAGGAAUAAUAAUGCUGGAAAAAAAGUUGGGGGAAAAAGUAUAUAUCAAAUUUCUAUUUUUCAAUCAACAUUGUUUUUCCUACUUGCUACCUUCUCCCAUGCUGAAUUAUUUUGUUGUGAUUUUGUACAGAAUUUUAAUAACUUUUGAUAAAACUAUUUUAAAACCAUGCAGCUUCAUCAAUUUUUAUACGUGUUGGAAACAAAGUAGAAUUCUAUCUAAUUUAUACGAGAUAAUUUAAGUAAUUUAAACCAGCAGAAAAAGUGCUUAGAAGAAGAGAGAAACGUCAUUCUGUUGCCUUAGCACCUCUCUCCCAUCGGAUGUCCUUUUAGGUCCCGCACACCCCCACCCACACACACUGCAAGAAACCAGCGAUGCGUUUCUUAGGAAACCUGUCCUGUCCUUACCAGCUCUCUAUGUUUUUCCCUCAGAGGAUGGAAGAACCUUUGAUUUUCGAUUACAACGUACAAACUAGCAAAAACUGGUGUACAUAUUCAUCCGUGUUGUAAAGAGCAAAUACUGACCCUCUUUUCCCCCGAAAUCAACAACUGCUUGACUAUCACAUUCAGUUUGAACUGUUUCUUGGCCAUCUUUGGAUCCUACCCCUUUGCGUGGUGCGAUUCUGAGGGGCGGGGAGGACAAAGAUAACUUGAAAACAGUAGAGUUUCCAGACAAUGUUAAAUGCAUGAUUUCUUAUAUGUAGGCACAUGAAUCCACGAUUUUGUCAUAUUUACCGUCCAGAAAUCGAAAGCGAAUCAGGUUUAUGAUGGUUUGGUUAUAUAAUAAGCCGAUUGUAGUCAGUAGAUUCAAACCAAUCCAAAAACCAUUUGACUUCGUAAUUAGAACAAUAUAGUUAUGCAUGUCCAAUGCAAUCCGGAAUAAGUGCUGUUCGAAAUGUAAACGCGGGUUCAACUGAAAUCAAUCUGUACUGUAAUUCUGUUCGUAACCCUGUAUAUGACCGUGUGAUGCACAUUUUGGGAUUGUAGGAAACCACCUUUGCAACAACGUAGUAAGAAGUCGGUCCAAUGUUGCAUUUUCUUUUUAAGUGUGACCCCCCCACCCUCCUCCAUUCCCUUAGUGCAAACAAUUCCUAUGGGAUUACUGUAACCGUUCCUAAAAGGUGC